ACGAGAGAGAAUUCUUUUCACUCUACGCGUAAAAAGGAGAGACCUUUCUCGCCGAGAUUGACAACGAACAAACAAAAUUAAUCUUUGUUUUCAGAAAUUUCGACCGAAAUCCGAUUCUUCCGAAACCUAAUCGUCUCAAUCCCGAUCCUCGAAAAUGUCCUCACUUGCAGCUGCAAGGGCAGACAACUUUUACUAUCCCCCAGAAUGGACCCCGAAUCAGGGUUCUCUGAACAAAUUCCAUGGUCAACAUGCUCUGAGGGAGAGGGCAAGAAAAAUAGACCAGGGUAUUUUGAUCAUAAGGUUUGAGAUGCCAUUCAAUAUAUGGUGUGGUGGAUGCAAUUCUAUGAUUGCAAAGGGCGUUCGUUUUAAUGCUGAAAAAAAGCAAGUGGGAAAUUACUAUUCUACAAAGAUAUGGAGCUUUACCAUGAAGGCUGCGUGUUGUAAACACGAGAUUGUCAUUCAAACAGAUCCAAAGAGUUGUGAGUAUGUCAUUAUCAGUGGUGCCACACGAAAGACCGAGGAAUUUGACAUUGAGGAUGCAGAAACUUUUGCACUUCCUGCUGUGAGAGAAAGAGGAAAGCUUUCAGAUCCAUUUUACCGUCUCGAACACCAAGAACAAGAUUUGAAGAAGAAGAAAGAAGCCGAGCCAGUAUUGGUGCGGCUACAGAAUUUCUCCGAUGCUCAACACUCAGAUGAUUAUGCCCUUAACAAAGUUCUCCGUGCCCAACUUCGAGGUCAAAAGAAAAGAGUUGCUGAAGAAGAGGCUGCCUCCAGGAAAAUGGGACUAGGCAUGCGACUUCUUCCAGCUUCUAAAGAAGAUUCUGCUGCUUCUGCACGUGUGAAGUUCUCUUCCAAGUUUGAGAAAAAUAGAAAGGACAAGCGGGCUUUGAUUAAUGCUGCUUCAAUAUUUUCAGAGCCAGCUGGAUCUUCUGCGUCUGCGUCUAAUAAACGAAUAGAGCUGGAGUCCAAGAAAAGGAGAAUAAGUGCUGCUGCAGCAUCUAACAUCCUGACCGGGGGAUUCAAGCCGUCGUCAUGGUCAAACACUGCUGUUGCUUCUAGUCGACGCAAGGGCGCUUCUGUAACUGCAAGACAUUACUAGCUUAGAGUGUUCACUAUGAUAAUGUGGUACACCCUUCCCCGUGUUAUAGGCUUUCCGACGUCGGAUGUGGUUUUGGUUUUCCUUUAAUCUGAUCGAUAGAUCAUGUUCAUAGUAAAUCUACUUAUUAAUCUUUUUUUUUUUUUUUUUUCCCUGAGGAACAGAUUAAUCAGAUUUAGCGUGCGAUGUUUGUUGUAUAUUGAUUAUGCAUUUUUUGAAAUAAGAAAGAAGUUGCUACACCAUUUUGGUGCAAAACAAACAGAAAA